AUGAAGAAAAACCUGAUCCCCGAGCUGAGCAGGUGCAGACGAGCGGCUGGGGGAGCAUAUAAGAGCAUCGAGGAUGUAGUGAAGAAGACCAAGAACACCCGGCUCCGUGCUCACCUCUUCAACACCACAGUACUUCCAGCUUUGAUCCAUACUUCUGAAACCUGGGCAUUUCGCAAGCAUGAAGAAAAGGCUGUGAGCCUCAUUGAAAGCGCAAUUGACGCACUACAGGAAAGCCGCCGACCCGUUGAUCAGAUUUCCUCACCAAGUCCUUCAAAGAAAAUUAUGAUGCUCUUCGUGUCCCACGCGAAAGGAGGAAUCACUGGGCGACUCUGGCACGCGAUCGGAACAAAUGGAAGAAUUACUGGUGAAGCUUUGUCUUACGUAUAUCUCGUACGUUCUGUGGAUAUUGAGAACGACUUUAAGGAAGAGCUGAAUAGAAGGAUGAGAGCAAAAUAG